CGGAAGUGAGGACCGAGCUCGGUCGCGCGCCUGUGCUCCCUGCGACCUGCGCCCUCUCCCUGCAGCGUAGGACACGCGGGAGCUGCGCGUGUCGCCCCCGACCCGCGCCCACCUCCACUCGCGCCCAGCGGCGCGGCGGGCUCUGCGCGGGGAUGGCGGGGGGGCGGCCGGGCCUGGGCGCGGCGCUGGGCGCGGCGCUGCUGGCGAGGCUGGGCCUGGUGCUGUACGGGCUGCACCAGGACAGGGCCAUGCGGGUGCAGUACACCGACGUCGACUACCGGGUCUUCACCGACGCGGCGCGGCUGGUGACCGAGGGGCGGUCGCCCUACCGGCGGGCCACCUACCGCUACACCCCGCUCCUGGCCUGGCUCCUGACGCCCAACGUCUACCUCGCCGAGGUCUUUGGGAAGCUGUUCUUCGUGGCGGGGGACCUGGCGGCUGCCAUCAUCGCCUACCGGGCCCUGCGGCACCGAGGGGCCGCCGCCGGCCAGGCCUGCGGGUGUUGCACCGCCGCCUGGCUCCUCAACCCUCUGCCCAUGGCCGUCUCCAGUCGGGGCAACGCGGAGGCCCUGGUCGCACUGCUGGUCCUCGCCACCCUGUACUUCGUGGAGGUGGGGAGCGUAGGGAAGGCCGCAGCCUGCUAUGGGCUGGCCAUGCACAUGAAAAUAUACCCGCUGACCUAUGCGCUGCCCAUAGCGCUCCACCUGCAGAGCGAGCGGUACGGCGAGGAAGGGGCAGUGGAUACAAGGGGUGACAAAAAAGCAAAGUUUACGUUUGUAGGGUACCUCUGGCAGCUUUUUGUAAAGAUGCUGAACCGCAAUGUGCUGCUUUUUGGAGCAGUUGCUGGAUCUGUGCUGGCUGCUUUGACUGUUGUGUUUUAUCACCUCUACGGCUGGGAGUUUUUGGAGCAUGCCUACCUCUACCACCUGACCAGGAGAGAUACCCGUCAUAACUUCUCUCCCUAUUUCUACAUGUUGUACUUAACUGCAGAGAGCAGAUGGAGUUUUGCCCUUGGGAUCGCAGCUUUCUUGCCCCAGCUGCUUUUGCUCCUGGUUGUGUCCAUAGCAUUUUACAGAGACCUUGCCUUCUGUUGUUUCCUACACACUGCUAUUUUUGUGAGUUUUAACAAAGUGUGCACAUCCCAGUACUUUGUCUGGUAUCUCUGCCUUUUGCCCCUCAUAAUGCCUAGUGUUAAGAUGUCCUGGCAUCGUGGUGUACUGCUUCUCUUUCUGUGGCUUGUUGGACAAGGCCUGUGGCUCGCUCCUGCAUACUUUCUGGAGUUUAAAGGAUAUAAUACUUUUUUAUUUAUCUGGUUGGCAGGCUUACUUUUCCUUUUUAUUAACAGCUUCAUACUCAUUCAGAUUAUUUCACAUUAUCAAAAAGAAGCACAAGUUGCAAAAAAACUCAAACAACAGUAAUAAACAGGCCAAAAUCCAGAAACAGCAGUACUGUCUUUGAUAAGGCUUUUUGUACCACCAGCAUUUUGUUUAAUACAAACCCGUGUACGUUGUACUAAAGCACGUUGUAUGUAAGUGAUACUUUGUCAGGGACGUGAGGGUACUGAUUGGCCUUAAUUGCCCUGAGCAGCCCCAGUCCUGCCCUGAGCAGUGUCUGCAGGCGUACCUGUCACCUGCAUGGACCGUGAAACUAUGUCCUACCCUUCUCUCCAGCCCCAUCUCCUGCAGCUUCUGAUGGGACUCCCUGGAAGCACCCUGGACCAGUUCAUCCCAUACCACGUCUGGGGCUGUGGGUGGACUCAGUUACCAGCACCUGUCUUCAGCUGCCAUCUCCAGACCCAGCGUGACUGCCCUGGGCAGUGAGGGCAUGGCCUGUGCUGGGGUUACCCUCAGCUCCUGCUCAUACCCCCUCUGGAGCAGCCUCAAUCUUUUUACUCCCGGGCACCCUUUUUUUCACUUUACCUGUUGAGGACUGUGGGUUCUGUCUAGGAAUGCACAGGAGACUAUAAAGGGAUGUUGUACGUUCCAGUAAGUGGGUGGGGUGUUUUGCAAGGAUUAAGCUAAUGAAUAAAAUAAGGCAAUCACU